AUGUCAGAACUUUCGAGGAUUACAGACUUCAAAUCUUUAGGCCUCUCAAAAUGGCUUACGGAAUCCUUGAAGGCCAUGAAAAUCACACAACCAACCGCUAUCCAAAGGGCAUGUAUUCCUAAAAUCUUGGAAGGAAGGGAUUGUAUCGGUGGCGCCAAGACUGGUUCUGGUAAGACCAUCGCAUUUGCUGGACCCAUGCUGACGAAAUGGUCUGAAGACCCAUGCGGGAUGUUUGGGGUGGUCUUGACUCCCACCAGAGAGUUAGCCAUGCAAAUAGCGGAACAAUUUACUGCACUUGGUAGCAGCAUGAACAUUCGAGUAUCCGUUGUAGUUGGUGGUGAAAGUAUUGUUCAGCAGGCAUUGGAUUUGCAAAGAAAGCCGCACUUCAUUAUUGCCACACCUGGGCGUUUGGCUCAUCAUAUCAUGAGUAGUGGGGAUGAUACCGUCGGAGGGCUGAUGAGAACUAAGUACUUAGUUCUAGAUGAAGCUGAUAUUUUGUUGACGAGCACUUUUGCCGGUCAUUUGGCCACGUGUAUAGGUGCCCUUCCUCCAAAGGAUAAGAGACAGACUUUACUAUUCACUGCUACAAUAACGGACCAGGUAAGAUCGUUACAGGAUGCCCCGGCGCAAGAAGCUAAACCCCCACUGUUCGCAUACCAAGUGGAAAGUGUGGAUAAUGUGGCCAUUCCAUCCACCUUAAAAACUGAGUAUAUCCUGGUUCCAGAACAUGUAAAAGAGGCAUACUUGUACCAAUUAUUAACAUGUGAAGAAUACGAGAACAAAACUGCCAUUAUAUUUGUAAAUAGAACGAUGACGGCAGAGAUCCUAAGAAGAACUUUGAAACAGCUGGAAGUAAGGGUAGCAUCUUUGCACUCUCAAAUGCCCCAACAGGAAAGAACAAAUUCGUUACAUAGAUUUCGUGCUAAUGCUGCAAGAGUCCUAAUUGCUACAGAUGUGGCAUCUAGAGGUUUAGAUAUCCCAACUGUUGAGCUUGUAGUAAAUUACGAUAUUCCUUCGGACCCAGAUGUAUUCAUCCACAGAGCAGGUCGUACUGCUCGUGCUGGUAGAAAUGGUGAUGCAAUAUCUUUUGUCACGCAACGAGACGUUUCUAGAAUACAGGCCAUCGAAGACCGUAUCAACAAGAAGAUGACAGAGACGAACAAGGUUCACGACACUGCUGUCAUAAGAAAAGCCUUGACUAAGGUAACUAAGGCAAAGAGGGAAUCGUUGAUGGCAAUGCAAAAGGAAAAUUUCGGUGAGAGAAGAAGAUUGCAAAAGCAGAAACAAACUGACGGCAAAAGCAUGCGCUCUUGA